AUGGAUGAGCUUUCACAUUCGAAGAAGAGAAAAAACACUGAAGCAACAACAACUAACAGAAUUGGAGCCAAAGUUGAGGUUAGAAGAAGUGGUGUUGAACAAGGGUUAGCUGCAGGUUCAUGGCAUUGUGCUACAGUCAUUGCAUGUAGUCCUCUCAACUGCACUGUCAAGUAUGAUCAUCACCUUUUAGAUGGUAUGACAGAUACGAUUAAUGUUGACCAUUGUUAUAAUCAUCGAUGUUUAAUUAGGCCGAUUCCUCCCUGUACAGUUAAAUUUAGUCUGUGUUAUGGACUUUGUGUUGAUGCAUUAGUUAAUAAAGCAUGGCGUGAAGGUGUGGUUUUCGAUUACGAAGACGGGGUUUCAGAAAGAUUAGUAUUUUUUCCUGACAUAGGUGAUACACAAAUGAUGAGAAUUGAUGAGUUAAGGGUGACACAAGAUUGGUAUGAAGUUAGUGAAACUUGGAAGGUUAGAGGGAAAUGGAUAUUACUUGAUUUGAUUGAGGAUUAUGAAAUGGAGUUUCCAAAUGUGGUUUCGGUUAGACAGAUUUGGUAUGACUUGAAACAAAAGAGUGGAUUCAGGAAUAAAGAGUGGACUUGUAAUGAAAAAUCAAUGUGGGUUGAUUUGUUGUGGGAGUGCAUUUUGCAGAAUUUGGAUACAUGUGUUGAGUAUGCUCUUAAUGUACUUGUUGGAGAUUCGGUUGAAGAGCCAAUUCAGAAGCUGAGGAGGAGUAGUAGAAAGAAGAACUGUGGGGGUGUUUUGGAAGCUGUGGAAGAAGGAUACCAGUUUGCAAAAUCUUUAUGUGUUGACCCUGCUGAGAAUUUGAGUGAAGCCGAAGAUGAUGAAGAAUAUUAUCCAAUUUCAUUUAAGAGGAGGAGGAAAAUCAAAGCCUCGGUUGCUGAGAAUUUGAGUGAAGCCGAAGAUGAUGAAGAAUAUUAUCCAAUUUCAUUCAAGAGGAGGAGGAAAAUCAAAGCGUCGGUUCGUGUUGUUACGGAGGAUUUAGUGAAGGAAUCGGAACGAGUAGGGAACUCAAUGUGGAUACCUUUUACUGAAGCUAAGUUCUGCCCUGAAGCUUUAGAGAAUUAUUUAAAAGCAGGUGAAAAGCAUUCCCAGUUAGAAGCCAGGAUGCAUCUCUGUUAUAUAGGUUGGAAGAUUGAGUACAAAAGAGAUAAGCGUGGUCAGGUUAUGUUCCGUUAUUUACCACCCAAGGGAGGAGUCUUGUAUUCACUUCGUGUCGCAUGCCAGGUCAUGAGUUCAAGACUUCAGCAGGUUCCCUUAUCUAGGACUCGCAGAAAUGAUUGUCGUCCUAGUGCGGUAUCUGAACCACUUCACUCGGGAACUUAUGAAAGUCAGGUAACACCUACAACUCAUAGCAAAUUGGAUGUUAUACCUGAGUAUUGGCCUAAGCCGUUGAGAGAUUAUCUGGUGGCAUAUCGGGCUAAAAAGAAAAAUGUUGAGUGCUUACGCAGAAAAGCAAAGGAGCACCUCUCAGGUGUUGGUUGGACUUUGUCUCCUGGUUAUGUUUCUCCAAAGACCAAAGAGGUUCGCUAUGUUUCACCAAGCAAGAAUGCAUAUCGUUCUCUUUUGACUGCAUGCUUAGUACAUUGUAAAGAAGAAGAGUAUUAUAAACACCUGGAAGUCGGUAACAUACAAGAAAAAAGACGCAGGAAGCAGCGGAAGAGACAAAAAAGCAGUUUUUUCCUUCAUAAUGGAAGUAAAAUAUGUGGCAAACUGAAGAAAAAGAAGGCCACUGAGUGCAAAACCCGUGUUCCACAUUCGAGCAAAAGGGCACGGCAAGUUGUGGUACCUAGUUCUGCAGAUCGCGUCCCUCGAACUGUUCUCUCUUGGUUGAUAGAACAUAAUAUGGUCAUGCCAAGGGAAAAAGUACGUUACUUGAGUGUAAAAGACACAUCUAUAAUUGGAGAAGGAGAAAUUAACUGUAACGGAAUUAAGUGCAAUUGUUGCAAAGAUGUUUUUGGUCUGUCUAACUUUGGACGUCAUGUUGGUAGCUAUUAUACGCAACCAUCAGCCAGGAUUUUCUUGCAAGAUGGAAGGUCUCUGUUAGACUGCCAGAAGCAACUACUGAAGAAUCAGCUGAAUGACAUUGAAGUCGAACCUUGUCAGAGAUUCAAAAGAGAUCCGGUGGAUAGAAUGAAUGAUGACAUAUGCUCUGUUUGUCAGUAUGGGGGUGAGCUGGUGCUUUGUGAUCGAUGCCCGUCCGCAUUUCAUUUGAAUUGCCUAGGGAUAAAAGAUUUGCCGGAUGGAAAUUGGUUCUGCCCUUCUUGUCAGUGUGGAAUAUGUGGCCAGAGCGAGAUCAGUGGCGACUCUGAACAGCACCCUGAAAAGGAAGUUAUACGCUGUGAUCAAUGCAAUCAUGAAUAUCACGUGGGGUGUGUUACGAAAAGAGGGUUGGGUAUGCUGGACUUUGAACCGAGCAGUAGUUGGUUUUGCGGUAUAAGGUGUGAAAAGUUAUCUGCAAGUCUCCACAGACUUUUGGGGAAGUCAGUUGCUGCGGGUGUUGAUAGUUUAUCAUGGACUAUUUUGCAGCCUAGAAGAGAUGCAUGCCACCCUUUUGCUCCAUCUGAUGCGGAGGCUGAUAUGGAGCUUCAGAGUAAGCUCAAUGUAGCACUUGGCGUAAUGCAUGAGUGUUUCGAGCCCAUUACAGAACCUUAUACAAAGAGAGAUCUCAUAAAAGAUAUUAUUUUCAACAAUACGUCAGAGCUGAACCGGUUAAACUUCUGGGGAUUUUAUACGGUGCUCUUGGAGCGAGAGGACGAGCUCAUCUCUGUCGCGACAGUCAGGAUACAUGACGUAAAGGUUGCAGAAGUACCCCUUGUUGGUACACGUGUCCAAUAUCGUAGGCAAGGGAUGUGCCGUAUUCUACUUGAUGUUCUUGAGAACAAGCUCAGGGAAUUAGAAGUAGAGAGGCUGAUUUUACCUGCUGUUCCUCAAGUGCUACAAACAUGGACUACUUCCUUUGGUUUCUCUAAAAUGUCAGAAUCUGAGAGAUUAGAGUUUUUACGGUACACUUUCUUGGAUUUCCAGGAUACCACAAUGUGCCAGAAAAUCUUAAGGAUGUCGCCUGCAGCAGAAGCAACAAUGAGACCAAGAAGGAACCGACCUAAACAUAUAAUCAAGUACAAACAAAGGAAAGAAAAUACUGAGACAAAUGGGAGCAUCAUCAUUCCUGCAUUAAUUCAAGCAGAAAAAGCCGAAUGGAGGCAACAUGCCGAGCAACAGCAAGUAGAAGCUGACGCCGAAGAUGUUUCUGACUCAGUUGUGACAGCUCUUCCACUACAGAUGACAACAACAUUGCAAGAUGAGACUGACCAAAAUUGGCAUAGCAGUGAGCCCUCCAUCUUUCAGGAGUUCCUGCCAAAAGAUUCCUACGGCGAACGGCAGGAUUACCAAUGCUCACGCGAGACGACACCACCAGUUGAGAAGUUUGCAUUAGUAGUUUACGGAGAAAACAAAAGCUGA